UAAAUUCGUAGCCUUGAUAAUUUCAAUAUCAUGUCAAUUAAUCUAAUAAAUAACCGGGAUAUCCGCAUAGUUCUAAGAUUUAAUACAUCCAACUAGUUUAAAAACCCAUUAUUUUGCUUUUGUUGACCAUCUUUUGUUGGCAUUGUUUAAAAGAAAACCCAUUCAAAAAGCCUAAAUUGGUCUAUUUUCACACACCCCAUCCACGCUUGUCUCUCCAAAAAAUGUCUGUCUUUCCUGGGCUACUCUUUCUCCUACUAGUGACCAUGGCCGCUGCAGGCCCUCUCCGGCUCCGGCCAGGGUUUUACUCUGAAACAUGUCCACCAGCGGAAUUUAUAGUCAGAGAUGUGAUGAGGAAGGCCAUGAUUAGGGAACCCAGAAGCGUUGCCUCAGUCAUGCGCUUUCAAUUCCAUGAUUGCUUUGUUAAUGGUUGUGAUGCUUCUUUGCUGCUAGAUGAUACACCGAACAUGCUUGGGGAAAAACUAGCUCUUUCCAAUAUAAAUUCGCUAAGAUCUUUCGAAGUUGUUGAUGAGGUCAAGGAAGCCUUAGAGAAGGCCUGUCCUGGAAUAGUCUCUUGUGCAGAUAUCAUAAUCAUGGCCGCAAGAGAUGCCGUUGCUCUGACUGGAGGACCCGAUUGGGUAGUGAGGCUGGGAAGAAAAGAUAGCUUAACAGCCAGUCAAGAAGACUCAAACAAUAUAAUGCCAAGCCCAAGAGCAAAUGCAAGUUUUCUCAUUGAUCUCUUCUGGCAAUUCAAUCUAUCUGUCAAGGAUCUUGUAGCCCUAUCUGGAUCACACUCUGUUGGCAAAGCCAGGUGCUUCUCAAUCAUGUUCAGGCUCUACAACCAAUCUGGCUCGGGCAAGCCUGACCCUGCCAUCGAACCAGGGUUUAGAGAAAAGCUAGACAAGCUUUGUCCACUUGGUGGAGAUGAAAAUGUAACCGGAGCUCUUGAUGCAACACCUAGAUUGUUUGAUAACCAAUAUUUCAAAGACUUGGUUGCAGGGAGAGGAUUUCUGAAUUCGGAUCAAACCCUUUUCACAUUUCCUCAGACUAGAAAAUAUGUUAAGCUUUUUAGCUAUGACCAGAAUGAAUUUUUCAAAGCCUUCAUUAAGGGAAUGUUGAAGAUGGGUGACUUGCAGUCCGGGAAGCCUGGUGAGAUAAGAACCAAUUGCAGGGUGGUCAAUAGCCGGCCUGUGGAUGUAUUACUGGAAUCUUGAAGGAAGAAAUUUUAUUGUAUUUGAAGCCAUUAAUAGAAUAGAAUAGUUCUAGAAUUGAUAAUAUGACACGCAAUAAGGCUAGAAAAUUCAUAUCUCUAAUCUUAUCAUAACUAAGAUGCAAUGAAUUAGUGAAUUAUGCAAAUAUCAAAGACUUUAUCUUCA